AUGACUUGCUGUGCCAUCUUUAUCGGUGUGCUGGCGGUGUUGACUGGAUCCCUUCUGGCCCUGAUGCAGCGCCGGGGGCUGCUCGCGGCCGGGGAGGCGGCACCCGACCUGGGCAUUCCCACCGCGAGCAUGACCCACGAGUUUCGGCCCGGGCUUGUGGAGUCCGUAAUUGCCUUGGACACCCCGCCUGGAAACCUCGCAGUGUCAGCUUCAGGCCGCAUCAUCUUCAAUUUCCACCCUGUGCACACGCAGCCCUCCGGCUACAAGUUCGCCGAGGUGGUGGGUGACUCCUGGAUUCCCAGGCUGGACCUGGACCGAGCCACACAAGAGGUGCUCUCACUGCGCAUCGGCUCUUCUGGAAGGCUCUUUUUGUUGGACCACGCAGGUCACGGCCUGUUGCAUACUCCAAAGCUGGUGGUUUUCCAAAUGGGGACAAGCGCAAGCGAGGAUCACUUCCAGCUGGCUUACCCCUUUCCCAGCGAGAUCGCUGGAUUCGGUUCCAUGCUGAAUGAUUUCAACUUAUCACCAGACGAAUCGAUGCUGUACAUUGCCGACACAUCCAUCAUAGGUGGCGCCCCUGCCCUCAUAGCUUGCUCAGUCCCGCUGAUGGAGCAGCAGUCCAAGGAGGCCUGCCGGCGCUAUCUUGAUGGGCACCAUUCUGUGAUACCUCAACAGUUGAGCAUCAACGUGAACGGCGACUCCGCUCUGUGGCCAGCUCUAUCACGCAUCGGAGUCGAUAGCAUCGCCCUCGACCGGAAGGGAGAGUGGCUCUACUUCGGUCCUCUGACAUCUGCGUCGCUCUUCCGCAUCCCGGCCACACUUCUGAGUGCCAACUCCUCCAACGCCGAGGUCGCUGCCGCAGUGGAGUGGUAUGCAGAGAAGCCCAUCUCUGACGGGAUCGGCACGGAUGAUGCAGGUAACGUUCUGUUGACGGCCUUCGAGCACAGUGCUGUUGUAGCCAUCACGCCAGCCAGGUCCCUCAAGGUUGUGUACCGAAGCCAGCAGCAUCUGCAGUGGCCAGAUGGGUUAUCCUUUGGUCCCGAUAGCUGGCUCUACGUCACCUCCAGUGCUAUACACCACACGAUGCGAGGCAGGAACGUUGCCAAGCACGGCCCUUUCCACAUCUUGCGCCUGAAGAUGACCACUGGUGCGGCACCAGGUCAGUAG